UAGUUCUAGUUAACGCGUGAACGGUGUGGCUAGCUACCCAAAAUCUCAAAAAGUCCAUCUUUUUAAAGUGCUCUCAAGCCGUGACAUAAGGAGACAACAAGCAUAACAGGAGGAAAAAGAAGGGAGAAGGGGGAAGGGUGAUUACAAAGGAAACCCAAAAUUUCCCCAUCACUUCCUUCUCUUUGAUUCAACCUCGUCUUCCUCAACUGUGGUGGAGGAAGGCCAUCUCCAAGCCAUGGUUCUUGAUAGCAUUGUAUCUUCUCCAAUUCGCAGGAAGACAUUCCCAAGGGAUGAGAUGGGAAGCUGGUCAACACUUGUCCAGAGGCAUCGCUAUCUCUUAACAGCUUUAACACUCUUAGCAUUCCUCUGUACGAUCUAUCUGUAUUUUGCAGUUACUUUAGGUGCCACCGGCUCAUGCGCCGGGUUAAAAGGAGCAAAGAGGGCGACUUGUGAACUGCAGCAUGCUGGGUCUUCUCUUCACAGUGGAAAAUUGAAAUUCUUUUAACUUAGGAGAGGGUUUUACUUGUUUAUCAUCUUCUUCUUUCCUCUUUUUGGGGAAUAUUUUUUGGCCGGUAACAAAGGGGACUUAAAAAGAUAUUUAAUUUGAAACAAAAGGGUAUUUAAUUUGAAACAAAUACAAUUAAUAACAAGUAUAUUAUUGUGUUGUCUUGAUAUUUUUUCUGCUUAUGUACAGAUCAAUCUUUGCGGCAUAAAGCAUGAACUCAAUU